AGGUCGCUUUAAAUAAGGGUUCCAAUACUCCUGGGAUGACUCUGAACUUUCUGGAUUCCGCCUUUUUGUUAGCGCUCAGGCGAUCGGAUCGCUCGCAAUCGCUACAACCGAGUUGAAGGAAAAGAAGUGGCUAACCUUGUGCCUCAUACCUGAUAUACCUAACUUCGCGGUAUUUAUCGUCAAUCGAACUUAUGUUUUUCAAGGAGUGAAAGACAGGUGGGGAUUUGGUUCCAGGAUUCUAGGUUUGGGUUUCAACUCAGUUUCUUGCCCGUUUUCCUGCAAAAGGAUUUUUCAAGUUCCUGUGACAUCUGGAGGGAAAGAAGGAACUACAUUUUGAGGGGACCAUAUGUAUUAAGAUUUAAGAGUGAUGAGAUUAUUUUUAAUAUAUAGGAGUAGAUAUCAAGGCCUUAACAAAAAAUUCGUUCAUGCAAUUCUGUUUUGCAUAAGAGAGUAAGAUGCCGUUUAAUUAUUUUACGACCAGACUGAGAAGUACAGUUCAGAAUGGAAUACAGAGGCUGGUUUUGCAGCAAGAAGUUGGACACCAGGUCUUGGCUGAAGUUCUUAUUGGCCAAGGAAAAUAUUGGUUUUUCAAUCACAGGUCAUUUCAUUCUGCAUGCUUCUCAAAGCUUAAAGACCUACAUGUACUUUUACAACCUGGAGCUGGUUUUCCUGCAAGACCAGAUUCCUUGAUAGUUAAUCGAAGAAGAAACAUUUCCGUUGUUGGAGCAGUUUCUCGCCCAUUUUCUGUCCCAUCUGUGUCAGGUACUACAUUUCAGGUUUGUGGGUAUCACAUUGAUUGUGCUCUAUGUGAACUCAGUGAAUUAUCUGGCAGCGACAAAAUUCAAAAUAAACCUAUGUCUGCUUGCGGUACCAGAUCUGUCCUUGUUCAAUGCUAUUUAGAUGCUUCAAAUUUAAGGCAUGGGGAUCUUCCAUGGUAUGCAAACAAUGGUAGUUUAUCGUAUAACAAUAGAACUUUCAGUACAUGCAGAAAAGCUAGCAUGUGUUUGAAAAACCAUGAUCAACCCGGAAAUACUCCGAUUUUUAGAUACAUGAUGUAUAAUAUUGCAAACAGAUGGUGCAACUUCUCACCUUACGCAGAGUCGGGAUUAAGGUUUCUUCAUAGCUCUUCACGUUCGUGCUUUUCUGCUGGGAAUGCACCCAAUGUAUCCUUUGACAAUUGUGCCCAUGAGGAACAGCUUGCAAGUUCAACAAUUUCCUCUGAUCAGAAAAUUUAUUCUGGCAAAUCCUUGAAGCUCCUUUCAGGAUCGUGCUACCUACCCCAUCCUGAUAAAGAAGAAACUGGAGGUGAGGAUGCUCACUUUAUAUGUGACAAUAAACAAGCAAUAGGUGUGGCAGAUGGUGUAGGUGGCUGGGCCGAUCUCGGUGUUGAUGCGGGACUCUAUUCACGGGAACUAAUGUCUAAUUCAGUCUAUGCAAUUCAAGAGGAGGUCAAGGGUUCCAUUGACCCGGCUAGGGUUUUGGAGAAAGCUCACUCUAGCACAAAAGCCAAAGGUUCUUCGACAGCUUGUAUAGUGGCACUCUCAGACCAGCAGGGUCUCCAGGCAAUUAACUUAGGAGACAGUGGGUUUAUGGUUGUCCGAGAUGGAUGCACAAUCUUCCGAUCUCCUGUACAGCAGCAUGAUUUUAAUUACACCUAUCAACUUGAGAGUGGAGAUAAGGGUGAUCUUCCUAGCUCUGGACAGGUUUUUACAGUUGCUGUUGCUCCAGGAGAUGUUCUUGUUGCCGGCACAGAUGGGCUUUUUGACAACCUGUACAAUAAUGAGAUUACUGCAGUGGUAGUUCUUGCCAUUAGAGCUGGAUUGGGGCCUCAGGUGACAGCUCAGAAGAUAGCAGCAUUGGCGCGCCAACGAGCACAGGAUAAAGACAGGCAGACACCUUUCUCUACUGCUGCCCAAAAUGCUGGGUUCCGAUACUAUGGUGGCAAGCUUGAUGAUAUCACCGUUGUCGUUUCAUAUGUCACUAGCUCACACGAGGAAAACAAGUCUUGCUCAUAACACGAGGCCCUGACUGAGGACCAGAGUUUUAAGGGAGCAUGUGGUACUGUCUAUCUGUGGUUUCGCAGAGCAACAUUGCAAUUUUGUUUUAAGAGCGAAUUCUUCAGUUGAAUUAUUAGCUCUCUGAGGAUAUUUUUAUACCCCUUUGAAGACUUUGAGCUGAUUACGCGUUUGAACGGUGUCUGUGUGAAUAUUUUUGUAAUACAAUCAUCAUCUUGUGAUAGCCUAGAUUAGGAAAAAAAAGUAGUUUUCCUUUCGUCGUCAACGAGGGGUCUUUGCUUUUAUUGUGUAUUUCUUUGACCUUGGAAGUUUGGUUGGAUAAAUAAACAAGGUCGUAUGCUGCGGCUGCUUUUGUAUAGAUUAAGGUGAAACCCGAAAUUUGGAAAUGGCCGUUUUGAUGAUUUCUUACAGUUUAA